AUGACCACAUUAACAUUUUUUGCUGUUGGUCUGGAAGUACAAAGGAACGCAGGAAAAUACCGGGUUGGUUUAGAGGCAGAGCAGGUUGCUGAGCAGCCCACACUAGUCCCACAUGCAGAGCCCCCUAAACAUCAGCCUCACGUCUCUGCACUGUUCCCCUCUGAAAUACCCCAAACCCCCUCUCAGCCCUGCUGGAUCCUUUCCCAGCCCCUCACCUCUUCCUCUUGCCUCCCAACAGAGCCCUGCCAUCCAUGUGGUGCCUGCACUGGCUGCACGUGGAGACGUGUCUGCAUCUCUGCCAUGGCACUGCUCGUCGUGGUGGCUGCUGUGGGCUUGGGGGUGGCACUGGGACUCCUGCCACGGGCACCAGUGAACCGCUUCUGCACAGACCCCAGCAACCGGACAGGCUUCUUGUGUGAUGACAGAGUGACCUGCAUCCCAGCCAGUUGGGUCUGUGAUAGAGUCAGCAACUGCAGGAACGGAGAGGAUGAGCAGGAGAAGCUCUGUGGUGACUUGCCCCACAGCCUCCCAGGAUACCUGGUUUUCCUCUGCAGUAACCCCAGAUUCUGGAUCUAUGCCGAUCAGAGGUGUAACGGGAUGAACGACUGCGGAGACUGCUCGGAUGAGUCGGGGAGCUUGGCCUCCUGUCCCCCAUGUGGGUGGGAGUGGUGGAGCUGCAUCCCUGUGCGCUACGAGUACUGCUCCUGCAUCCCCAGGAGGCUGUGCCGGGAUGGUGUCCAGGACUGCCUUGGCUGGUCGGACGAGUACGUCUGCAGGCCAUGAAGUCCUGGCACCCCUCAGUGCUGGAGACAGCAGGGUGCUUCCCACACUGUCACCUCUGAGCCUUGCUGUCCUCCUGCUCCGCCACCCACUUGGGAAGCUCCAAUCCAAGCAAAUCC